ACACCUCCUGCGCUCUACGUCUCCGGUUCGAGUGCUGCUAGUCACAACACAGUCAGACAGAAAGCAGAGACAGGGGUGGACGCUGUCGGCUUCAACCUGCUGUGCGCACUGACAGACGGACGUGAACAAAAAGAGACAUCAGAUAACUGGCCAACUUUCACCGAACGUGGUUUUUCUUUUGCGCUUUUCCUCGAGGAGAACUAAACUCCAAGUUUCCAAUGGACAGAUUGUUGGAGAAGGUUGGCGCAACGAUCAUGGGAUUAAUCUUGUAAUGUGGAUUGCUAUUGCCUUGAAAGAAAAUCAAGAUCUGCUGCGGAACAAUGUGACACGACGCGCGUCGUGGAUCCUCGUGUUUCUGGAUAUCCUGAAAGUCGUUGGCAACAGCUGAAAAAGAAGAAAUCAGGCGCAAAAGGACCAAACAUGAAUUUGGCACCGCGGCACUUUGGCUUAUUGAGAGAAGUUUCAGCAGGUCUGCUUUUACUGUUGUGAAGGAGAAAUCGCCUCAUUGGCCGCUUGGAUUUGAAAACGUCUCCUGCCUUUUGGAUUGGAUUUGCACCACGAUGAACUUUAUUGACAGUUUGACAUUAUUAUUUUUGACGCUGUCAGCUGUCAAGAGUGCCCACAUACCGAAGGAAGCAGAGAGAGGUCCAAAUGACGUCAUCCCUUUAAUGGAGGUGUACAACAAGAGUCGGUGUCAGCCGCGUGAGCUUCUGGUGGAGAUUCUGCAGGAGUAUCCAGAAGAGGUGGAGCACAUCUUCAUCCCGUCCUGCGUGGUGCUGACACGCUGCGCCGGCUGCUGUAACGACGAGCUGCUGCAGUGCACGCCGACGUCCAGCCGUAACGUAACAAUGGAGAUUAAAAGAAUAAAUCUCCUACGACAACAAAAUGAUAUAUUCAUGUCUUUUACUGAACACAGCGCAUGUGAGUGUAGGUCAAAGAAAGAAGUGAAAGAACAGAAAGAAAAAAAAUCCCGGAAGAUCAAGAGCCAAAAGAGAAAACGAAAGAAAAACAGUGACAAAACAUAUCACGAUGCUGUGUGUGACCCAUGUUGUGAUCACUGCUCCCCGAGGAGGAAGCGUUUGUUCGUGCAGGACCCCGUGACGUGUCAAUGUUCCUGCAAACAUACAGGCGAAUACUGUAAAGAACGCCAACUAGAGCUCAACGAGAGGACCUGCAAGACUUUCUUAGAUGUGACAAGCCAAGAAGAUGAGAGGGGGGUGCACCAGAUGGACUCUAUGAAGGACUUAUCUGGAGAUACUUCACAGCACUUUGACUUUUGAAUGGCGAGCUCUUCUUUUCUGUGGAAAGCAUUCCCCUCGGACGGAACUGAGAAAGAACUUUUAAAAAAAAAUGACGGAAGAGAUUUCCUCCCACUGUAUGUCUCUGUGUGUAUAUAGAUCACAAUUUAAAAAAAAAACAGAAUUGUUAUGCUGCUACAGAAACAAGAAAAACUAAACCCAUCAUUUGACAGAAAAGCAAGCAUCCACCACGUGGUUUUUGCAUUUUACUUCUAACCGGCUUACGAUGCAGGUGUAGUCUUGAUGUAUGCAAUUUCUUCACUGGAUAUGAGUCUACUGUGGUUGUGUGUCAAUCAUAAAUUACGAAACCUCUCAAUCGAUGACAUAUUUAUCUGGUAAAGCAUUGGGUGAGCCUGAAGAGGACAUUGAAGCGUUCUCCCUGACAUAACGGAUGGAUUUUCAUCAGGCGGUGUCUGCUCCUGGAAAAGCAGCACCGGGAUUUUGUGAUACCUUACCUCUGAGGAAGGUGCAGGACUGAUCCAGACAACAUUCGCAAAUAUUGAGCUCAGCGUGCAGGAAACUUUGCAGUGCCACAUACUUUUAAAGGGAUACUGGUUAUCAUUAUAUUAAACUGUAUUGUAUGUGUGAGCUGAAAA